CGCCAGAGCAUACCAGAGCCUGAUUAAUUCCCGGAACAGAACACGCAGACACGCAAGUUAGUUGCGCAUGCGGCUGAAUCCCCUCCAGCGGUAAUCUGUUGCCCAAUAUUCACCUCCUCGGCCAGAACCACCUCUAUAAAACUUGAGACACCGCAGAGCGGAAAGGCAGACUCCCGUCCUUGCUUUGUUUCUAACCUCGAUCCCACCCUCGCCGGCCUCCACGACCGACUCCACGAGUUUAAACUCAAAAUCCGUUGUUACCUGCCGUCGCAAACAUGGCAUAUAACAGGCAUUAUAACCCGGACGAGCUUCCCAGAUUCGCAGAGCCAGAACAAAAAGGAACCCCCCCGUCCUCCUCCUCCUCCAGCGCACCACCCCCCUCCUCCUCGCGCUACGAGACCAAGCCCCCGCCGCUGCGGCCCGCCGACCUGCAGCAGCAGCAGCAACAGCAGCAAUACCACCGACCCGCGCCACAGGACCCGUACGCCGGCGCCGACGGCCGGCGCCUGUCCCCGCGACACCCUCCGCCCGGUGGUGGUGGUGGUGAUCCCCGCUACGCCAUGAGUCCCCCGCCCUCGGCCACGGGUCCCCGACCCGUGGCGGCGACACAGAAUCGCCAGCCCGUCGUCAGCAGGCCGCCGCCGAGCCCCGGUCCGCUUGAUAGUGUUGCGGACCCGACGCUGUUGCCGCUGUUUAGGGCUGUGGAUAAGGAGGGCACGGGCCAGCUCUCGGAGAAGGAGCUCUCGGCGGCGCUGGUCAACGGCGACUGGACGGCGUUCGACCAGCAGACGGUGCGGAUGAUGAUCCGCAUGUUCGACAGCGACCGCAGCGGGACGAUCGGGUUCGACGAGUUCUGCGGCCUCUGGUCGUUCCUGGCGUCGUGGCGCACCCUCUUCGACCGCUUCGACGUCGACCGCAGCGGCGGCAUCAGCCUCGACGAGUUCAGCAACGCCCUCGUCGCCUUCCGGUACCGCCUCAGCGACCCCUUCGUCGACCUGCUGUUCCGCACCUACGACAAGCGCGGCGAGGGCGUCAUGAGCUUCGACUUGUUCGUGCAGGCUUGCAUCAGCCUUAAGCGAAUGACAGAUGUGUUUAAGAAGUACGAUGAUGACCGCGAUGGGUAUAUCACCCUGAGCUUUGAGGACUUCCUCAGCGAGAUCUUGAAGCAGCUCAAGUAGGGGAGCUGGCUUCCAUUAAAAACGGGGGAGGGGGCAAAUGACGUUAUUUUCUCCUCCCCCCCCCCCCCCAACCUCUCCCCCGGUUCUCUUUGCUCUUCUGUCUUCUGUUUUAGGCCUUACGGGCCUGAGGGUUGGGUUGGGUCGGG